ACGGAAAUAUCUUUCAAUAUUUUCGGGUAGAGAUUCUAGAUCAGUUUUCGAAAAACUUUGGCUAAAUCGCCAUUUACAGAUUGAUUUCACUUGCUGUACAUUGCCAUUUGGUUGCGUUUCCCUGAUUGUCUCAUUACCGCGUACUGCAUUUCGAUUAGGAGAAGGAAUCGAAGCGCAGGUAACUGUGAACAAUCGGACGAGGAAGGGAUUGAAAGAAUGUGCUCUUCAAUUAUGCAUGAAAACUCAAUUUGAAGCUAUGAGCAGGAAAGGAAAAGGUCUGCUUGUGAUAUUCUUGAUAUUCAUCUAUUAAAA